AGACACAUCCAUAGACACAUCCAUAGACACAUCCAUAUACACAUCCAUAUACACACCCAUUGACACAUCCAUAGACACAUCCACUGAAACAUCCAUAGACACAUCCAUAGACACAUCCAUAUAAACAUCUAUAGAGACAUCCAUAGAGACAUUCAUAGACACAUCCAUAUACAAAUCCAUUGACACAUCCAUAUACACAUCCAUUGACACAUCCAUAUACACAUCCAUUGACACAUCCAUAGACACAUCCAUAUACACAUCCAUAUACACAUCCAUUGACACAUCCAUAGACACAUCCAUAGACACAUCCACUGACACAUCCAUAGACACAUCCAUAGACACAUCCAUAUACACAUGUAUAGACACAUCCAUAGACACAUCCAUAUACACAUCCAUAGACACAUCCCUAGACACAUCCAUUGACACAUCUAGAAACACAUCCAUAGACACAUCCAUAGACACAUCCAUAUACACAUCCAUAGAGACAUCCAUAUACACAUCCAUUGACACAUCCAUAGACACAUCCAUAUACACAUCCAUAUACACAUUCAUUGACACAUCCAUAGACACAUCCAUAGACACAUCCAUAGAGACAUCCAUAGACACAUCCAUAGACACAUCGAUAUACGCAUCCAUAGACACAUCCAUAUACACAUCCAUUGACACAUCCAUAGACACAUCCAUACACACAUCCAUAGACACAUCCAUAGACACAUCCAUAGACACGUCCAUAUACACAUCCAUAGAGACAUCCAUAGACACAUCCAUAGACAAAUCGAAAUAGGCAUCCAUAGAAACAUACAUAUACACAUCCAUUAA